AUGACUUAUCUCCAGGGUUCACUUUGCAAGGAGGACCGAGAAGCACUCACUUCAAGGGUGGAGGUAGCCCCCGAUGCUGUGGACGCUGUCCAAGGUCCUCUUGGCAUCUGCAGGCCCAGGUUUCCAGGGGUUAUCUGGCCAGUUAUCGGCGAUAUGGAGCCACCUGAAGACGAAACAGAUGAUAUGACUGUAGAGGGUAAAACGUUCCGAAAACCAUCAUUCCUGCUGAUGUCACUUCUCUUCCCAUCUUCCCAAUCACUACCCAUACAUAGGCAACAAGAGAUCAUUGUUCCUAUUGAUGUUGAACAUGGCAUGAUCUUGAGCGAUAGGUCAAUACCACUUGAGUGUUCGAAUGUAGAGAUGUGGUCCGAUAUCAUGUCCACCCGGACAGAACGGCUUGAAACGAUAAGAGUUCGAAUCAUGGCCACAAGACCCAUCAAACGUACCGGUACCUCUGGCUAG